GCCAGUUAUGUGAUGUUGAAGGCAGAGCUUUCACUUUGAGGACACCAGUGGCAGAGGCAGUGUGCACAGAUGGUGUAUUAAGGCACAGAUUUGGAAGAGGAGUUUCUGUUCUACUCAAGCAACACCAGUUGGUGUUGACAUGGAAAUUAUCAAGAGACAUAAUAGCAAGACCAGAGAGGAGGUGUCAAUGCAGCUGGACCUGAAGGCCAGCACCUCUCAAGAGGAGAACCUUACAGAUCAUUACAUCAUACUCAGGACCCUUGGCAAAGGGACAUUUGCAGAGGGAAAGCUGGUCUGCAACCUCCACACAGAGGUGCAGGUUGCCAUCAAGAUUCUGGAAAAUGGAGAGAAUAAUGACCACAACAACAAAACUGAAAUUGACAUUGUGAAGACGCUGGACCACCCAAACAUCAUCAAGGUGUUCCACAUCACCAAUACCGAAGAACACACCUAUAUGGUGAUGGAGCGUGCUUCUCGGGGAGAUCUGGUUCUUUGGACAUGUUCUAUCACGGAAGCCUAUUUUCACCAAGUGCCUGGCCACAUUCUGAAACUUGUACCCAGGGAAUUCUUGACAUGAAUGAGGACACGCACACUCAGCACUAGUGCCAGUGAUGGAGGAGAACAUUCCAGCCUCCCAUUUGACUAGAGAACAAGCAGAUCAAUUCCUGAGCUCUAGAGGAGCUCAGAGGCUCCACAAAGCUUCAGGAGGGCAUGCUGUGGGGGGGGCAGUGAAAUGGUUUCUGUUCCAGCAUCUAAGCACAGACCACCCCACAACCAAUUCUAAGCAAGAUCUAGAGACACCAGGAGGAUACUCCAGAAAGUCUCCAGUGUGGAUGGGUUCUUGUUGAAUCCCCAUCCCAAAAUGAUGCUGUGUGUAUUUUGACAGUUCAGAAAGAUCACCUAUGCCUCUGUCUUCACAGAUGACCUAGGAAACCUGCCUGCAUAGAUAAAAAGGAGUGUCCCAGGAGAGCCUUGGGAAGCAAAUGUGCAAAUGUCUCUGCAUGGCCUCUAGACUGGAUUGCCUGAAAAGGGAAGUAUCCAGGGACCCUAUUUCCAAGGCCACUAACAACAUGAAGGUGGUACACUUGAGGUCAUCCACUUGUACUGUAUUUCACUGGUGUUGGAUAGAGACAAUGUACAAACCAUCAAAUACUGAAAUGCUGAAGUAGAGUUCCACCAGAAUUUAUCCUAACUGACAUUCAGAACACUUUGGGAUGGCUGAGAAAAAUCCAAAGGAAUAUAAACUCUAGGACACCCCUGUUCCUCAGCAGCAGUCACUGUUGUUAGGGUGACAGAUCUUUUCAUGUAUAGACUCAGCAAAAUGCCAAUCUGAUGCUCAAACACAAAAUGUAACACCCAGUGGGGUCUAAUCCUAGAAGAGCCAGCAGAGGGCAGAAGAGAUUCCUCCAGACCUUGCACCUCUGCUCCCAGCACUUCCCACAAAGCCUCAGAGAUCCAGAAAGUGCAGCAGGGAAGGAACAGAAGCUGGACGCAUGGAUUCCAACACAACUCCAGCAACAGACCCACCUACACUGUCAGUGACACCUGGGGAAACCAAGGCAGUGGAAAUGGUCUGUCUUUAAAGGGCUGCAGGACAACUAUGUAAAAGCAAACCAUAGUGAAACCAUUAGAAAACUGAACACAGUCUCAAAUAAGUAAGGCCUGAAGAGGGGACAGCCCCUGAUACUGAUAUGACUCUAUGUGGGAGCAUCAGGGAGAUGCUUUGCAGUGUCUUAUGAACACAGCAUUGUAUGUUGGGUAGCCAUUGAUGUCCAAUAGAACCUGACCCAUAGCACUCUAUGUAGAAUGUCAGGACAGUGUCCAGCAGUGUCUGAACAACAGCAGUAUAGGUGGAGCAGAGGUGAUGAUACUGAUGCUGUAAGGAAUAGUGUGUGUCUGUGUCUCGGUGCGUCUGUGUAUGUAUGUGUGUUUUUGUGUUUGGUUUAGAGAGUACACACUGCCUUCAACUGCAGUGAAUGUGAAGCUAAGUUCUGGUGUCUGUUUCAUUGCACUGUGUUUUGCAUGACACAGUGAAUAUAGGGUUCAUUAGCUCUCCUCUUCAAGGGGAAAGAGGAGCUAAUUGGACUGGCAGCAAUUAUAUUUAACCAAGGAUUCUCAUCUUGUAGUUGAGUGUCCCCAAACUCAAUUGGUAUUUCAGAAUAUUGAUUGUUGCAGUUAGUUUAUUAUUUGGUGCCUGGAUGCUAAACAAGGCAUCACCUUCAGGCUGGAGUAUCUAUGGAUCAUGGUGUAGUUUCUGCAUCUGUUGCCUUUCUUCCACAUCCUCUUCCUGAAAUUGACUCUUUAGCUUCUAUACCGACGGGAAACAGUAUCUCACUAGCUCUCUUCUUUAAGGGGAGUGGGAGGCUGAGAGGACCUGCACAGAGCAUAUUUAACCAGGGAGUCUCAUUGUGCUGAUGGCUGUCCCAGAUGCUCAGUUGGUAUUUAAGAAUAUUGAUUGUGGCUGUUAGUUUAUUAUUUGGUGCUUGGGUGAUGAACAGGGCAUCACACUCAUGCAGGUGCAUUUGUGGAGCAUGGUGAAUCUUCUUUGACAUUCUGUCUCAUUCUUCCAAACUCUCUUCCUGAGAGUGACUCUUCCCGAUAUCUAUACUGAUUGAGAAAGCUGGUUGACUAGCUCUCUUCUUUAGGGGACAGGGAAUCUAAGAGGUCCUGCGUGGAUCAUAAUUAAACAGGUUGUAUUAUCUUGAUGAUGCCUAAUCCCCAGUGCUCAGUUGGUAUUUCAGAAUAUUGAUUGUAGCUGUUAGUUUAUUAUUUGGCGCUUAGGUGCAGUACAGGGCAUCACAUCCAUGCAGAAAUAUCUGUCGAUGAUGGUGUAUUUUCUGCAUCCCUUACCUCUUUCUUACACACCCUUGUCCUGAAACUGACUCUUUCCAGUUUCUAUUUUGGGAUUAGAAAUGCUGAUUCACUAGCUCCCUUCUAUAAGGGGGAAGGGAGGCUAAGAAGGCCAACAGGGAUCAUAUUUAACCAGGGCUUAUCUUGUUGAUGCCUCUCACCAAAAUCGAUAUUUCACAAUAUUGAAUGUUGCUGUUAUGUUAUUUAGUUUCCUGUGUGUUAGGAAUGACACAAUCUCUUCACAGGUAGAGCCGAUGAUAGACUUAGUCUCUAAGACCCUGGGAAGGAUUUCCUUAGCGACCGGCAAUACAUGUUCUUGAAUAUAGCCCAACAUAGCUUCUUCUACAACCUGAUAUAUUGUUUGUGCCAAAAGGGAAUCCUGAGUAAUUGUGCAAUGAUAAUGUGACAGGGUUUUGACAAAUGGUAGGAAAAGGGGCAGAUUUUUGUGGUGAUUAUCCUGUGCAUAUCAUCAAGUGUGUUUUCUAUAUUUGGAAAGUGCCCAAUUACCAGGUCCUAUAGGACAAUGCCCAGGCUCAACAUAUUACCUGCCAGUUCAUUAUAAGGUUUCCUUGCCAAGAUCUGAUACCCAUGAUGGCAAGGAUCCACAGACCUCCUCCAACAUCUUACCCUCUGCAAGCUGAGUUGCUAUAUCAAACUUACACAGCUUGGCCUUGUCAGCUCCGUCCAGAAGGAUGUUUUAUAAUUGAAGAUUCUGAUGAGCAAUGUGUCUUUGGUGGAGAAAGUGCACCACUGACAUGAUCUGUUGGAAUAUUGGUCUAGUGGUCUUGUCUACUAGAUAGUCUGUCUCCAUGAGGAACCUCUCAGGAUCUUUUCCUUCAGCAUACUCCAUGACCACUUGAGUCAUUGUCAGUGUGUCAAUGACAUGAAAAAAAUCAGCUGUGUUACUGUGUUCCAAAGAUUGAAGGAUGUUUACUUCAGAGCUGAUGUGAGCUGGAGCAUUGUGGUAUUUCUCAAGGAUCUUGACAGGCAGGAGUAUCUAUAGAACAUGGUGUAGCUUCUGCACUGUGUGCCUCUUUCUUCCACAUCCUCUUCCUGAAAUUGACUCUUAUAGCUUCUAUACUGAUGGGAAACACUGUUUCAAAGCUCUCUUCUUCAAGGGCAGUGGGAGGCUGAGUGGAGCUGCAAAGAGCAUAUUUAUUUAACUAGGGAGUAUCCUUGUGCUGAUGGCUGUCCCAGAUGCUCAGUUGGUAUUUAAGAAUAUUGAUUGUGGCUGUUAGUUUAUUAUUUGGUGCCUGGGAGCUGAACAGGGCAUAUACAUGAAGGACUAUCAUUGGAUCAUGAUGAGGCUUCUGCAACCCUUGCCUCUUUCUUACACAUACUCUUCCAGAAACUGACUCUUCCCAGCUUCGAUAAUGAUUGAAAAAGCUGGUUCACCAGCUCACUUCUUUAAGAGGAGAGGGAGGCCGAGAAUACCUGCUUAGAUCACAUUGAACCAGAGCAUCUCAUCUUGCUGAUGGCUCUCUCCAAUGCAUGCUGGAUAUUUCAGAAUAUUGAUU